AGGAUAUCAACUAAUGCGGACAAUCCUGAAGGAACAUUAGAUGCAAUGCUACAAGCUGUAGUGUGCGAUGAUGUUAUAGAAUGGAGAGAAGACUCAAGGAAGAUUCUCUUGGUAAUGACAGAUGAUGUUUUACACACAGCCGGUGAUGGUAGCUUAGCUGGUAUUGUAAAACCUAAUGAUGGUUUGUGCCACACUGAAUAUGAUGAAAGUACUAAUAGAACUUUGUAUACAGCAUCUUUACUACAAGAUUAUCCCUCACUGGAAUUAGUAAAAAUGGUUCUCACUGAUAAUGACAUUGUGCCAGUAUUUGCUGUUGCUGGAAUUAGUGAUGAUAUUUUUGCUUUAUACAAUAAAUCAGUGAGCCCAUUCCUCAAUGGUUUUGCUGUUAAAUUAGAAAGUGGUUCUUCUAAUCUUAUUCCAGUUCUAAUUGAAGCUUAUCGUAAAGUCGUGGCUAAUGCUCAGCUAAGUUUUAACCUUCCUGACCACAUUUUAGCCACUGUCGAAGCUAACUGUUCAGAUUACUUACCACAAAGAAGAGAAUGUGUUGAGAUUGGUAAUGAAACUGUUGAGUUUACAAUGUCAGUUAGUCUGAGAGAAUGCACACAAGAACUUAGAGAUAAUAAGAGUACUGAUAUAAUAGUCACUAUACCAGGAUUCUCACAGUUUCUCAUUAAAGUCAGUGGCCACUGUAGCUGUGAGUGUGAGUCUCAGCCUACUAGGGGCAGCACCGAAUGUAGCAAUGGGAACUUGACCUGCGGACUGUGUAACUGUGAUGAAGGAUGGGGAGGAUCAACCUGUUCCUGUUCUACUCUUCAAUGUCCAGUGGGUCUUAAUGGGAAAACAUGUAAUGGUAGAGGAACAUGUGAAUGUGGAGAGUGUCAUUGCUACAAUGUCAACUCAACAGAAUUGUCUGAUAUAGACUCGACUAUGCUUGAUACUACUGGUGUAGAUAAUCCACUGAUAUAUGGGGCAGCUUGUGAGUGCAGUAAUUAUGAGUGUUUGACUGAUGGAAAUGGUGUUGUAUGCAGUGGUGAGGGUGAUUGUCAAUGUUACAAUGGUACGUAUGAGUGUCUGUGUGGAGUAUCAGCAUUAACUGGAGAG